GGAAGUGUUUAGCACAGAGUGCAACUUUUCCAAGGAGUUUGCACUCCCGAUGGAUAAUUACAAUAUACUGACCUGCUUCAUAUUGAGAAUUUGUUUUUCACCAUCUGUUAGGAUUGUUACGAUAAUUUGAUUGCAUUUAUUAAUACUGGAUUUACAGUUUUAUAGGCUUUAGACUGCCAAUGCAGAACAUUUUCUUCUAAAUCUUCCUGCAAUAUUAUUUUGAAACCGCUUUCAGACUAUUUCUCAUUUGUGCACUGCUCGUAGCUGUGAAGAAUAUGUCUAAGUAUGAGCUUUUUCAGAGUCAAACUGCUCUGUUGAUCUUAUUAAUGCAGGACACACCAAAGCCAUGCAGUUCUGCUGAACCUCAUCUCAACAUGACACAUAACAACCCUCAGGUGGCUGCACAGGAGAGUCAUGCAAGCAGAUGUCUUUUAGUAGAGGACAGAGCAGAAGACAACAUUCAGACUUUUGUCAUGGGUGAUGAUGAAGACAGGGGCUGUUCUGAAGAUCAGGAAGGUGUGUUGCAGAAAUCAGCCGAGCGACCUGAAAAGCCACAAGAGAACGAGUGUUUUGACUGCGAGCAGUGCGGAAAGGCCUUUCCAAAGAUGUUCUCUCUUCUUCGACAUAAACGUGUGCAUUCGCGCAUAAAGCAGCACUGUUGUGAAAAAUGUGGGAAGAAGUUCUCGCAAUUAAGAGCGCUAGAAACUCAUCUCCGCAAGCAUACGCAGAAGUUCGAGAAGAAGAAAUUUCCCUGCGCUACUUGUGGAAAGAGCUACAAAGAUCUUGCAGCGCAUGAACGGGUUCAUGCGGACGUCAGACCGUUUACCUGUGAUAUAUGCGGACAGGGAUUCACAGUCAAAGGAAGCUUAUAUAUGCACCAGAGAGUGCACACGGGCGAAAGACCAUACACAUGUGACACCUGUGGGAAAAGUUUCUCUCUAAUAGGCACCCUAAACUGCCACAAGAAGUUUCAUUCAGAUGACAGGCCGAUAAAAUGCAGCCACUGCAAUAAGAGCUUCAAGUGCAAGAGUCAUUUGAGGCGCCACCUUCCUGUGCACACCGGUGAGAGACGAUAUGCAUGUAAAAUCUGUGGGAAAACAUUUGCGCAUCAUGAAGCUAUGACACGCCACAUCCUCAUUCACACGGGCGAAAAGCCGUACAUCUGUGAAGUGUGUGGUAAAAGAUUUCGCCAGAGAAGCAAUUUAAAAAUCCAUAUGCGGGUGCACGGAGAAACACAAUUUAAGUGUGAAGUGUGUGGGAAAACAUUCCAACAUGAUUUUUUGCUACAGAACCAUAUUUUAUCACAUAAUCAUACUGGAAAUUCAGUAGAAGAGCAGUUUCCGAAUUCCAAGUCUGUUUUAAAAACUCAACUACAGAUACAUUCAGACAAAAGCAAACCUUUUACAUGCAAAUUGUGCGAGAAGAGCUACAGCAACAUAUAUAAUCUUCGCAUACAUGAGAAGCUGCACUCAGGCGAGACCCCAUUCAAGUGUGAGGUCUGCGGUAAGGCCUAUGCUCUCAGAAAGUCCUUUAAAUCACAUAUGCUGUGCCAUUCAGGAGACAGACCUUAUAAAUGCAUUGCAUGCAGGAAAGCAUUCAAGUGGUCUGGCUCUCUGAAAAUGCAUAUGAAGACUCAUACUGAUGAAAAAACGCACAAAUGUGAGACGUGUGGAAAGAGCUUUCGCUUGUAUGGAAAUUUAAAGCGACACAAGCGUGCCCAUGCUGGAGAGAAGCCAUUCAGCUGUAAGGUCUGUGGGGAAGGGUUCCCAGAACUCGACCUUGUCAAAACACAUAUGCAAACCCAUCCUGGAGUGAAACCCUACACAUGCCAGAAGUGUGGGAAGAAUUAUGUAUAUCUUAGACAUUACAAUGGUCACAAAUGCAAACCUGUAUGAAAAAGAUGCCGUGGUAGGAACUUUGUUGUUACAACUGCAGGACUCUUUUCAUAUUGUAAUAUUUCCUACCCAAAUGUUUGGGUAACAUCAUGAAGACAUUUAAAUAAAACAUUAGGCUGAAUAA